AUGGACUCUGCUGCGGCCACGCAGCGGAGAGUCCGCUUUUCGUCUGUCACGACCCUCACAUUCGAUCUCGUCGUGGACGGCUCGAAGCUGCCUAGCACCGGGUGCGCGCCACUCGGGCUCGGCCACCGGCUGCUGGCCAGAACGGACGCCGAGCCGCUCGACGAGUUUGAGUCGCGGCGCUCAGCGCUCAGGCGGCCGGCAGAGGGCCUCCUCCUCGGACACGUUGCGCGGCUCGAGCGACUGGGCGACGACCUCGAUACGACGGUUCUGACUGCUGUCGAGAAAGAGAAUGCGGCGAUCAUCGGGGAGCGCUUCUCUUCACGCGGCCCAGCCUACGGCGGCGGAGGCGACGGCGACGGCGGCGACGGCGGCGACGGCGGCGACGGCGACAUCAAUGGACUUGGCAACGGCGCUUUUGGCAAACUGGGACAGAUGUACAGCACGGCUGAGGCCGGCGCAGAGCGCGGCGGGGCGGGCGGCGGCUUCGCAGAGCGGCAAUCGGAGGAGGAGGAGCGCCGCGCCGCGAGGAGAGAGGAGGAGCGGGCAGCUUGCCUCUCGCGGAAGGCGGAGCGGAGGAGAUGUAGCGGCUGCAGGCGGUUCGCCUGCAUCUGCUGA